AUGCGGCUCAAAAAAUCACAAAGGGCCGAGUUCUUCGAGGACGACGAUAUCGUCCCCGCAAAGCCCGUCCCAGCGCGACUUCCAUCAAAACCAUUCCGACUCCUGGAUUUACCGUCCGAGAUUCGAGAGCGCAUCUACCAUUUCGCCCUAUUUACUCCCGCGCGAAAGAGCGCCCUGAAGAAGAAUGGCACCGUGGGCGCUUCCGCAAAGAAAAGCAAAGCGUUCUCCCCAACGGCACAGCGCAUCGCCUUAUUCCUGACCUCGCGCCGCAUUCACGAUGAGGCCAGCUAUUACUUUUACUCGACGCAAAUUUUCCGGCUCUUCCCCGUCCAGGACUUUGCGCGCAUGCCGACCGUCCGUCAACUACCCCGUCGCCACCGCUCCUCCGUGACUACAAUUGAGUUGAUUCUGGGGAAUAGCUGGACUGCGCCGCCGAAAACCUGGACGGUCAAUCAGGGCUUGGGUCUGCACGAUAUGGUCCUCACGCGCACGCUGAAGGUGUUUAUCGAAUGCGAUCCCUCGCAACCGAUCUUUGAGGGCUUCCGCGUCUCCAAGGAGUACUACACCGAAUUCGCGGGGCGGCUUAUGCGACAGGUUCUGGAGCGACUGCCGGGCCUGGUCCAAGUCGAGUUCGACGCUUACCCGUCGGUCCACAAGAACGGGUCUUUGAUGACCCGGUUAUUGCAGGAGACUCGAGAUUUCCAGAAGAGAGUUCUCUGGGGCCCGGAGAGAGGCUGGGUAGAUGGGGAAGAUGACUAUGACGACCCGGCAGAGGACCCGGCAGACGCGGCCAUUGAUGGCCUUCGUGCCUCUCAUCCUGGUGUCGAUGUUCUAGCCGAAUCACUGCAGCUCGUGAGCUUGGGAACGGAGACAGUUGCUGCUUAG